UGAAGUCAUUCAUAAACACCACUGAAGAAAACACUUAUUUUUUUCUUAUAUAUAUUUUUAAAAGUAAAAGGUCUGCAGAGGUUUUUUACUUCUGAGCCGCAGCCAUGAUCAGCCGAAACUUCAAGAACGUGUUGGUGGUCUCUGUGGGGUUUCUGUCUCUGUUCACGGCUUACGGAGGCCUGCAGAGUUUACAGAGCAGUCUGAAUGCGGAGCAGGGGAUGGGCGUGGCGUCUCUGAGCGUCAUCUACGCCUCCAUCAUCAUCUCCUCCAUGUUCCUGCCUCCCAUCAUGAUCAAAAAUCUGGGCUGUAAAUGGACCAUUGUUGCUGGCAUGGCCUGCUACGUCUCCUACUCCGUUGGAAACCUCUACCCAGGAUGGUACACCCUCAUCCCCACCUCAGCGAUCCUGGGUUUGGGUGGCUCUCCGCUGUGGUCGGCUAAAUGCACCUACCUGACCAUCUCAGGUAACGUGCAGGCGGCCAAGGAGGGCAAAAAGGGCUCCGAUGUCAUCAACCACUACUUCGGUAUCUUCUUCUUCAUCUUUCAAUCAUCGGCGGUGUGGGGAAACCUCAUGUCGUCGCUCAUCUUCGGACAGGACACCAACGUAGCUAUCAUCCCGGAUGAGCAGCUGCAGACCUGUGGAGCAGCUGAUUGUGGCCUUAACGUCAGCGUCAACGGCACCACCACCAGACCGGCACAGAAACUGGUGUGGACGCUCGUCGGAUGCUACAUUGGUGUGGGUCUGCUGGCCAUGCUCAUCAUCGCAGUGUUUCUGGACAACAUCGACCAGGAGCAGGCCAGUGAGUUUCGUGGGAACCGGGAGCCGUUCUGCCACACCUUCCUGGCUACGUUCAGACUGCUGAAGGACUGGAGGCUGCUGACCCUCAUCCCUCUCACCAUGUACAGCGGCUUUGAACAGAGCUUCCUCUCUGGGGAGUACACCAAGAACUAUGUGACGUGUGCUCUGGGGAUCCACUAUGUUGGCUUUGUGAUGAUGUGCUUUGGAGCCUCCAAUUCUCUGUGCUCGUUCCUCUUUGGGAGACUCGCUCGCUACACUGGCAGAGCUGCACUCUUCCUCCUGGCUGCAGUGGCCAACUUUUCCUGCAUCAUUGCCCUCUUGUUCUGGAGGCCUCAUCCUGACCAGCUGGCUGUCUUCUUUGUGUUUCCUGCUCUGUGGGGCAUGGCAGACGCUAUCUGGCAAACUCAGACCAAUGCUCUUUACGGCAUCCUCUUCCCCCAGGACAAAGAGGCAGCAUUCGCCAACUACCGUAUGUGGGAGUCUCUCGGUUUCGUUAUUGCCUUCGGCUACAGCACCUUCUUAUGUCUGGAGUAUAAACUGUACAUCGUGCUGGCUGUUCUGGUGCUGACCGCCAUCACCUACCCCAUAGUGGAGUACCACGAGUACAAGAAUCCCACACCACCUGCUAAUGAGGGGACCUACCUAAACCACAAGGAAACGAUUCAAAGAGAUGAGAACAAGAUCAUUUGCCAAACACGAAUAUAGACACUCUGAUACUGAUGCCAAAUUGUUCAAAUUGCCACACACUGAAUAAACUCAAGAAUAUGAGAUAUGAGAAAGGGUCAAUCUGAAACCUGUCCAAUUGUGUUGGUCUUUACUGGCAUCCAGUCAACCCUGCAAACCCUGACUUUAUCUUUCACUGGCACUGCCCCAGCGUCUCUUGCGGGUUGAUGUAAAAUAAACUCUGAUGCACUUCACUUUGGCUGGAUAACUUUAGA